AUGUCUAGCCUAGGCACUCGGCUUGGAGAGCAUGCCGCACUUGUCGCUCGAACAGCGCAACACCAGUACUCCAAAGCUAAGACUGAGUUGUACAAAACAUUCAAUGUUGCAAAACUAUCGCCAAAAGCAAUCCUAUACACUGGCCUCGUCUUCGUCACGUGUAUCUGGCUCACCCUAGCAUUCACCCGUCACGUGCGCAACACAAGAAGAAAGAACCGAGCAAACAACAGCAACAACAACGAACCCAGUACCCCGAAUCUAGAAAAGCGAUCCCCAUUCCGAGCGCCCGACCGACCAUUCGGAGUAUGGCACCCCCACCCCUUCACCCGCCCGACGGCCUCGCCCUACCCAAACUGGUCCCUAACAAGUACGCCACCGCUUCCCUACCGCCCCUUCCGCUACGGCCCCAAAUACAACAUCACCAUGGGCCUCCGCAGCAUGCCCUGGGACGAGUGGAUCGAACUCGACUCCGACUACCUGGACUACCACUCGCUCAAAGCGUCUCGCAUCGCCUCGCGCGGCGCCCAAUGCAUCCGCACCGCGCCCGAAGCCGCAGAUGCGGCGCGCGAGCUGGCCGAGGAACUGGUCGCGUAUCUGCCGCAGCGGUAUCCCACUCUCUUCUCCAAGACGCAGACGGGGAUGCGGAAUCUCGUCACGCACGAGGUGUUUGAUGUGCAGAGGAUGCAGAGGAAUGGCGAGUGCGAGGAUGCGAUGAGGCUUUGUGCACGCAUGGUGCAGGAUGAUCUGGCGAUUAUGAUGGAGAGGGAGGACGGCCAGUAUUAUCUUGUUGCUGGGGCGAUUUUGCUGCCGGGGUUUUGGAGGUUGGGGGAUAAGUUUGGGAUGGGGUUGAGUGAGAUUCAUACGAGUGGGGAUGUGCCGGGGUUCAAGGAGAAGCUGGAAAAAGGCAUGGUCAACUUUUUUCGUCGGAUUCAGCCUCAGAGCCCCAUGCUGCGCAACAACUACUUUAUCCAGGUGGAUGACAAGCUGGCGUGGAGCGAGAGUAUAGGAAGUGAAGAUGCUACUGCCGAGGGAGAGGUAGGAUGGUUUACGGCCGAGAAGAACAAGGCGAUUGAGCACCAUUAUUUCCGGAGCGAACGACAAAGUUUGAGACGACUACCCAGGUCCGGUGGUGUCGUGUUUACUAUACGAACUUAUAUGCGUCCAAUCACAAGCCUUGCCGAAGAACCAUAUGUCCCCGGCCGACUGGCUAGCGCUAUCCGGUCUUGGGGCGACGAUGUCAGCCGGUACAAGGGCAAGGAGAGGUAUGGCGAUGUUCUGCUCGAGUACCUGGACAGAAAGCAUGCCGAGCAAAAAGAGCGCGGAGUCGUUGUUGAGGGCGAGGAAGAGGCAGAGAGUGCGUAUCCCUUCUAG